AUGUCGCUUCGUAAGCUCGAGGCGACGGUGCCGGCGGUGAAGCGACAGACGGUGUUGGACGCGCUGACGAAGGAUGGCGGGCUCGGGCACGAGACGCACGUCGGGGAGUUCAUCGUGUGCACAGCGUGCGAAAACUGCGUCGUCAUCUCUGUCGUGUGCUCGAGCGCUCGGGCGGGUGAGUUGAUGAACGCACUCACGUCGAAAGGGAUCGGGGUGCAGUACGGGACGCUGACGUCGGUAAACGUGGCGAGUCAGCGCCCGAAUCCGAUCGCGCUCGCAAACGAGUUCAAGGAUCUCAAAGCAAAGAUUGAGGGUCGAGCGCGAGUAGACUUUAAGGACGAUCACGAGUUCACGCGACGAUGGAAACGCCGACAGAAUCGAUUGGAGCGGAGGAAAAUUAAUAACGUCUCGUCCACCGCCGCGAAGAGCGUCGAGGAGCUGUACAACGAAGUCCUCGGCAUGGCCGUCGAUGGGUCCCACUUUUACAUCUCCGUGAUGUGUGCGAGCGUCAUCGCGGGUGUUGGGUUACUCACAAAUUCGUCUGUGGUCGUGCUAAGCGCCAUGCUCAUCUCUCCUCUCAUGGGACCGAUUCUAAGCUCGGCGUUUGCGCUCGCCAUCGGUGAUUGGGUGCUGUUUUGGGCUUCUGUUUUCGCCGAAAUACGCGCUGCCAUCGUGACGUUCCUGGUUGGUUCUCUUGUUGGGAUCAUCUACGGUCCGUACGCGGUUUCGUACGGCGAAAACCAGAUUCCAACGGCUGAGAUGUCAGGUCGAGGGCAGCUUCAUGGCUUGCUAGGCGGCUUGAUCAUUGCCGUCGCCUCCGGCGUCGUUGUUGCGAUGUCCAUCACCAGCGAUGGGGUGAAUUCUCUGGUCGGCGUAGCUAUUAGUGCAUCGCUUUUGCCACCAAUCGUAAACUCGGGGACCAUGAUAGUUUUCGCAACUGGAAUCUCCAACGCGUGCGACGAUGCAUCGUCGAUGAAGUGUACGAUGACGAGUCAAAAGUUCUUGGAGAAGGCGGGGAUCUCAUUCGCCCUGUACGUGACAAACGUAGUGACGAUAAUUCUGGUUGCCAGCUUCAUAUUCUAUAACCAAAAGAUUGGUCUGUUCAAGGGUUUCGUGGUCAACUUGAGUACAGAGCUCUUAAAUGUCGGCAAUAAACACGUGCGCGACAAGUUGCAUGUGGCCACAGCUAUCAAGGGUGCGAUCGGCGAGCGCACGUUUGAUAAGCUCCUUGAUGAUGCAACGGCAGGAACGAUGGCUGAGAGACCAACAAUUAGCCAAAGUGAAAAGAAGGCACCAGUCGACACAGUCGACGUCGAGGCUCCCGAACCCGGAGAAGCCGCCGAAGUCGAAGAGUACUGCGUGCCAGACGAGGACUUCAUGAGCGAAUUUUCAGUCCUUCGUCCGUUUCCCGAGCCUCAGGGGGUGCAAAGGCCCGCAUUCGCCGCCUACGAAGAGGGAGACCACGUAUUCGGCUGGGUGAAGCGCAUUCGAGAGAUGAUCACGUACUAA